AAACACAAAAUGUAGACGAUAGAGGGCGCUGCGCAAAUGAGUAGAGCACGUUUGUACUAAAUUUUGAUGAAAUAGGCCGAUCUUGUCUCUUGAGAAGGAUGUCAAGCAAAAUAUCUCAGCAAUGGGCUGUGUUUGCCAGGAUGUGGUAUCUGUUAGAUGCUGCUAAACAACCGCCAGGCCGGAUAGCGAGAGCCGUCAUCCCGUUACUCCAAGGAAAACAUAAACCUAUCUACCACCCUCUCAGUGAUGUUGGGGACCACGUUGUUGUGAUCAACACUCACCAAAUAGCGUUCAGCCAGAACAAAUGGAGAACCAAGAUAUAUAAACAUCACACAGGAUAUCCUGGUGGCUACAGUGAGACACCCGCAUUCCGUAUGCAUGAGAAAGACUCUACUGUAAUUGUCAAGAAGGCCAUUUACGGAAUGCUCCCUAAAGACUUAAGACGUCACCAGAUGAUGCAGAGACUUCACCUGUUCCCUGAUGAGAAUAUACCGGAUGAUAUCCGAGCCAAUAUAUGUGAGCAGAUCAAACCCCCCAGGGAGGUGCCGAAAUCCCUGCCGGAGUACAGUGAGGAAGACCGAGCAACGUUCCCCCGGCUUUGGUACCCGAUGGAUCCUGAAGCUGAAAGGUAGCACCAAGUAAAUCCACUACUGAUGACGAUAACAUCCUUAAAUUGAACAACAUCAUUAAGGCAGCCGAAAUACCUGGCUGCGGCUACUGGCUAGCAGUAACACACAUGGCUAUGAGAAGUGGCUGCAGCCAUCUCCAUAGACACGUGUGUAAUUUCAAGCCAUAGCCGGAUCAUUUAGACACAGCCAUAGUCUCAUCAUUGACUCAACCAGAGGAGCUCAUAACUCUUUAUGAAUAAUGGAACGUAAUACUGUUGACCUGCACUCCAAUGUGAAAUAUUGAGUAAAGUCUGUCACGAGCCAAUAUGGCCCAUCAGGCCGGCGUUUAUCUCCGGUUUCCUUGGCAUGAAACAACUGAGAAUAUUUCUACUCCCCCUGGAUGGGAUGCUAGUCCAUCGCAGGUUCUCCUCAGCUAAUGCUGGUACCCAUUUGUGUUCUGGGUGGAGAGGGCAAGUUUGGGUGGAGUGGCUUGCCAAAGGACACAAUGUAUGGCCAGCAGCUGACCCUCUGAUCAUGAGUCACGAACCCUAACCACUAGGCCACACACCCCCAAUGUGAAACAGCAUGCAUGAUUAAAAAUCAGUUGGAUAAUGCCACCCCGAGUUCGACCUUGCGACGACACAGAACAGUCGGUGACUAACUUCUCAGGAUCGAGCUGCGCCUGAGCUACGACCAGUGGGAACAUAUCAGUUGCUGAUUUUUGCAACCUGAGUGUAUAAACUGCGACGAUAUUAACAUGAUCAUCAGUUGGAACACACUGAAAAAAAAUCAACAGUCGCAAGAGUAGAAAAUUUUAACGUCUGCGCCAUGACAGAUUGUGUUCCUGACAGGCACGAAUCAAUCGCAGUCGACCUGUGUGAAGUUACGACGUCGUGCGCGCAUCCAGAUCAUCUUACUUCAUUGUGUUAAUACUGCUGACCUGCACUGAAGUCUGCCAUGAGCCAAUGUGGCCCAUCACGCCAGGUCGUCUUACUUCAUUGUGUUGCCCAUCAGUGUGCGGCAAACGCCUAGUUUUAUAACAAUCAUGGCGGCUGAAUGGAUAGAUGUAGCUGUGGAAGAUUGUUAUCAACGCGCGCACCACCAUUUUGAAGAUGUCACAUGAUCACAUCUAUGCCGCCAAAUCGUCGUCGCGUCGUGGGUGACGUGAUCUUGUUGCGAUUAUAAAUGUGACGAGAUGCUGAUUGUUCCACGAUAAUCACACAUUUCUCAGUCUUGUGACCUGAGUAUGACUCUAGUGCUUGAUGCCGACGGUUUCGUCGUGGCGCAAGCAAAUCAGAGGUUUACCUGAAUGCAGCUUGAGACUCUAGAUCUGUAGUCAUGAUAAUAAAAAUGUGGUGCUUAUAUAGCGCAUUAUACCAAA